GGCGGCGCGAGGUGCAGAGGUGCCGCAGCUGGCAGCCGGCGGGAGCGCGCCCGGCGCCGGGAGACCCGCAGCCCCGGCCGCAGCCCCCGUCCUCCCCGCAGUCGCCGCGCAAGGCCGCGCCGCCAGCCAUGGCGCUUCUGCGGUGCUUCCUGCUCCUGUGCGGGGUCGCCGAUGUCGCCAGAAGUUUGAGCAUCACCAGUCCUGACCACAUGAUUGAAAAGGCCAAAGGGGAAACUGCCUACCUGCCCUGCAAAUUUACACAAGGUCCGGAAGACCAGGGGCCGCUGGACAUCGAGUGGCUGCUGUCCCCCGCCGACAAUCAGAAGGUGGACCAAGUGAUUAUCUUAUAUUCUGGAGACAAAAUUUACGAUGACUACUAUCCAGACCUGAAAGGACGAGUACAUUUUACAAGCAGUGACCUCAAAGCUGGGGAUGCGUCCAUAAAUGUGACCAAUUUACAGCUGUCAGACAUCGGCACAUACCAGUGCAAGGUGAAAAAGGCCCCUGGCGUGGGCAACAAGAAGAUUCAGCUGAAAGUUCUUGUUAAGCCUUCAGGUACAAGAUGUUACGUGGAUGGAUCAGAAGAAAUUGGGAAUGACUUUAAACUGAAAUGUGAACCAAAGGAAGGUUCGCUCCCAUUGAAUUAUGAAUGGCAGAAAAUGACCAACUCACAGAAACUGCCCACGGCACUGAUAUCAGAAAUGGCGUCCUCUGUGAUCACUGUCAAAAACGCCACCACUGACUACUCCGGGACGUACAAGUGCACAGUCAGCAACCGAGUGGGCUCUGACCAGUGCGUGCUGCGCCUGGAUGUCGUGCCUCCAUCAAACAGAGCUGGGACAAUUGCCGGAGCCAUCAUAGGAACUCUGCUUGCUCUCAUGCUCAUCUGUGUGAUCAUCUUUUGCUGCCACAAAAAGCGCAGAGAGGAAAAAUAUGAAAAGGAGGUUCAUCAUGAUAUCAGGGAAGAUGUGCCUCCUCCCAAGAGCCGGACAUCCACUGCCAGAAGCUACAUCGGCAGCAAUCACUCAUCUCUGGGAUCCAUGUCUCCUUCCAACAUGGAGGGCUAUUCUAAGACUCAGUAUAACCAAGUACCAAGCGAAGAUUUUGAACGUGCACCUCAGAGUCCGACUCUCCCACCCGCCAAGGUAGCUGCCCCUAAUCUCAGUAGGAUGGGAGCGGUACCGGUGAUGAUUCCAGCCCAGAGCAAGGAUGGGUCUAUAGUAUAGGGCCUCCAAACCUCUCACCUCCGUGCUCCACGCUUCUCUCCUUCUUUUGAAAUAGGAAAACCUAUUUUGUUCUAAAUUUUGCUACCAGCCUCAAUAGAUCAAAAAGUGAACCAAAAAUUGUAAGAAACAUACUUUAAAAAGUUGUGUUUGUUUAUAUCGGAAUAGUAAAGGCAUUAAAGUUACUAAAGACAAAUUAGCCAUCUGAAAAAGAUUUCUUACAUAAGUUGAUUUUGUAAGUUUCUAACUACCAAUACUUUGUAAUAUGUAGCACUUUGGAUAUGAAAUCAUAGGAGAAGAUAUUGGUGAACUUACAUGCACACCAAGCUGAUACUUGAAUCAUCUUAAAAAGUAGUAUUUUUUUUUUCAUUCCUGCCAUUAUUUUUAGGAUGCCUUUCUCAAUUAAUUUAUGACCCAAAAUUGGCAAAGAAGCAUUCUUGGCAACAAUUAUUAUAGUCCUUUAUGUUUGUUCUUUGAAAACUGUUUGGAAUAGCUCUAGUAACAUAAAUGUGUUUGCUAUAGCUCUAGUAACAUAAAAACACUCUACAGGGUUCUAGAAAUUAGUAGUUUUACUUUCAGGUCAUGCAUUAGCCUUGUCUAUGGAAUGAUUGCUUCAGUAUUUGAUUGAUAGACUGUGAGGCAUAGUAAGCUCUUUUAUGUGGAUUUAUUUAGCAAGUUUGCUCUCACUGCAUAGAGCGAUGACACUAGGUACAGUGGUGAGAGUGGAUUUCAGCGAAGAGCAAUCUGGGGUGAUCUCGAGAAGGGUGACCCGCCAGAGCAAGGAAGGAGAAUCCUGCAGUUCCCAACUACACACUGGCUCUCUGCGUUAGGUGAUAUUUUUCUAAUAAGAAACAAUUAUGACAUUUAUUAUUUGACAGAUACAGAUUGAAAGUCCCUAAUUAUUGGUUCCAAAUUUUAAAAAGUGUCCCUCCCCUCCCCCCGAAUUCAGUGUUUUGUUGAGGUCGUUUUUUUGGAUGGGUGUUGCAUGUUAUAUGUUCUGGAAACAUGUGAUCCGAAGUCUACCUUCCUGAAUGCAGUCCUUGGAGGAUGUUUCUUCAUAGGCUCGGAAUGACGGAGCGCAUUGUAAGCUAGUCGGUGACCUCCACGGUUCUGUCUUCCAGACUUGGGCGGAUGCACAGUUGCUAUUCUACUGCCAACGUUGUCUGUGCGGUUGCAGAAAACCCAGUUGAGUUUCGAAAAGUUUGAGUCCUAGUUUUGUGAAAGUGAUUUAUUCUUAAAAAAAAAAAAAAGAAAGAAAGGAAAGGGGGUACACAGAAUACUCCCAACUGCCAAAUGUGUUAAGUACUGUUUUAGAAGAAGAAAGUAAAUUUAUUGUAUUUCCCUUAAGAUUGUGAGGGAGUGUGGCUAUAGUAGAAUGAGCCAGCGGUUUCUUUAUAGUAAGUAAGGUCUGCAAUAACUUAUUUCACUAGCUCUAAAACCUGUUCCCUUGGUUUUGUAGGGAGUUGGUUUCUUCUGUUCAUCUCUUUGGGUGCUGUGGUGGUUCAUGCUGCAUUAGAAAUUAAUGUUGGCAUGACUUGCUGAUUAGUAAGAGUAUCGUGUACACUUUUUAAUGGUAAAUUUAAGCGGAAUGUCUGUGUAAUGGAUUAGUGUAUAGUUUUACAUAUUUGGAAGCCUUUUUUAAAUAGGGUCUUAACCUUUCACAAUAUUGCAUUUGUACUUGUGUUAACAGUUUUCAUUUGUGCCUUUUGGGUAAUUUAAUUUUUAUUAUGAAUUUCUGGUGCCUAUGAUCUAGCUAUCACCUGAAAGGUGCUUAGAGGUGAAGGUACUGUUCCUAAAACGCAUCACUGUGACACCUUUCUAUCCUCAGACUUCAAUCUUGCCUCCUCUUUGUGUUCUUUUUGUAUGCAAAUUAACAGAAUGAAAUUUUAACAUCCCACACACUCUUUGGCUGUGUUUCUGAUUUUAUAAUAGUAACUAUUUUUGAACUCCAGAUGUCCAGUCUGUUUUAUAUGAAUACAUUUAUAUACACCAGCACAAACUCUGAGAAACAACUUUUGGUCUUUACUAGUUUUUCAUGCACUGAAGAUUAUGCUAUCAAUCUAAGUAGAAAUUACUACAAAAAAAAAAUGGAUCCAUGUAAGGCUUUCCUUGCCCUAGAUUUAGUAGUUGGUCUAGGAUUUAGCGACAAAUAAAUCAGAAUCUCUUCCAGAAGCACCUGCACCCUAAGAAACGAGCUCACAAAAAAUUCGUUGUGUAUCCUGUACAGACCUACUGGGCGUGAUGAAAUUUUGAGGACAGAAUUCAUUUUGGACUCUGUCUUCAGCUACUCUCAUUGUAAAUUUAAGUUAACCUAAAAGUCAGAUAGUUCUGAUUGACCCAUUCAGGGAUUCUCACUGAUGAUUUCAUUUAAACCAGAGAUCAUAUAUUUGCUCUGGAAUUAUUGGUAAUCAUCAGGCAAUUCGACAAAACUUGCUAUUCGAGCAUUUCCAUUGGAGCUUACGUAAAUCAAGGACAGCACUGCAUCUUCGAGGCAAUAGAAAUCGAUUCCACUUUACACCUAAGAGACUCAACACUAGUUGAGUUACACAGAAUAACUUGAGAAGUAGUGGUACCUUAGAGGAUGUAGUUCUGUGCUUUAUGGGUGUUCUUUUAUUCUAAUAUUCCCUGUUUGAAGGCCAAAAAAACAAAAUAAAAUAAAUCUGCCAUGGAAUUGUUACAAUGGAAAUACAGCCAGAGUGUGUCCUAGCGGGAGGUUGAUUCAAGAAACACAAUUAGAUUAUUGGUAUGAAUUAAUAUCUGAUUUUUAUUAAAAAGAUAAUUUCCAAGAUUGAGUUUCAUAAAUAAGGAGCAAGUAAAGGGGCAAAUAGACAUUUUUAUUAAAUAUAAAAAGAACUCGUUGCAUGAAGUUAGACAUCAAAUUCUAUAAUGGAUGGCUUUUUAAAAUCACCAUUCUCUGUCUUUCUGUGUGCGUGCAGCAUGUAAAUUUGAAGUUAUGUAAAUGUUUCAGGUUUUUCCUAAUCUCUUCACCUCCACAGUGUUUAGGGCUUUCAGACCCCUUAUUCCAGUGUGAAUAGAGAAGGUCCAUAUUAUGUGCUCAAUGCUUUGAUGUGUCAUGCAAGGAGUAGUUUGUAGAAAAUGUUGACACCAUUUUAACUUCUUAGUGGCUUGUGACAUUAUAUAUUAUAUAUAUAUAUGUACAUAAAUCUUUGUGAUAUUCUGUGUUUAGUAGUAUAAAUGUUCUGGGCAAGUUUUAAUAUUUCAAAUGCCUUUGGAUAGUCUUGCAAUAAAGGCAACAUGUUCUGCAGUUGGA